ACAUUACUUUACAAAAUUUUAUGACAUCUAUUUAGCUCCUGUCAGUUUACACGAGAUCAUUUUUCAUUACCAUACAGUUGGAAGCAAGACUCUGUGGCCUGAAUUUGAGAUAACCAUUGAAGAUGAAAGUGAAUAUAAUAGAGACAUAUCUGAGGAAAAUACCUUAGAUAAUUCCUUGAUCUCUAGGAACAGGACCGAUGACACAAUGAAUUCAGUUUUGGAUAACUUUAAGGGUGACGAUGACAAAAAGAGUUGGGCCUCCUUUCAGGAACGCAUUGCCAAUGCCCCUGAACAAGUGUUGAGGUGAUUCAGAUUCAGUAAAAUUAAAAUGGUUAACUAUGGUGAAUUUCAUUAUGUGCCCUUAUGGAGGCAGAUUAUUUAUUAAACCAGAUGGGAGAAAAUGUUUGACAAUUAUCUUACCUUAGGAGAUAAAAAAUAAAUUAAGCAGGAAAAUAGUAGAAAGAAUUCAUUGCCUCCGAUUGGCUAACUAACAUUUUAGAGAUACCUUCCAUUUUGAACAUGCAAUAUUUGCAUGAUUGGCAUUGUUUUAAAAACCAGACUGAACUGGCUAGUUUCAUUAGUCAGAUUGAUAACCAGUCUAAUGGUUGGUGAGAAUUGGUAAAGAAUCAAUUGAACUGGUAAAGCAAUGCACCUUUAUGGGUAACCAAAUUGA